GACGUCAUCACCAUGGAUAGGCUGAUUCAUUGUUCCAUUUUGUCAUUCGUUCGCAAACUUUCAGUGGAGUUUCAUCAGAUUUUGUGUUACGAGCGGAAAGGAUACCGUUAGAUGUUGUGAGCCUCGGUACAAUGGUACAUUUCCAAGGAGAUACUCCGAAAGAACGGAACACUUUGCGGAACUAGUUUUGGAUCGUAAAAAUAGAAGCGAUAUGAAUUCCUACCAAUAGAAGCUGGAAAUUUUUUUUCAUUUCGAUAACAAAGAAGUUUCUGGAAGCGAGAACAAGUAUUUGUAAAAAUGAGUGGUCCCAUUGUAAUAACCGUACCCACCAAGUACAUUCCGGUUAAUCUGGCCCCGGCGCCAGUGAAGUUGGAAAUUAUGCCGUCACCUUCAACCAAUGGCUCCGAUGCUGAGGAAUCGACCUCGUCCAUUGAUGAAUACCUGGUUCGUGGCAAGAAACGACGUCUGGAUCAUUUAACAUGGGAGGAAAAACUCCAGCGGAAAAAGUUGAAGAACCGGGUUGCAGCGCAAACUUCGCGUGAUCGCAAAAAGGCUAAAAUGGAAGAUAUGGAGUUAACUAUUCAGCAGCAAACGGAUCAGAUCAAUCAACUACAAGAAAAAUGUGAAUCCUUGCAGCUAGAAAAAGAUGCCAUCUACAGCAAAUAUCUCGAUCUCGAAAGUCGUUUCGAAGAUCUACAGCACCAAUUCGAAGAGCAGAGAAAACAACAGCAAACAGCUAUCGGUCCCAUCACUAUCAAGUCGGAACCCGAUCUUACCGGAAUCUUACACAGUGUUGGUUGUGUUUCCACCCUAACUGGAUCAGCAGCAUCCGCUUAUUUCCCUCUGCAGCAGGGAUCUAAAAAUGGAAACACAAACGACAGUGCGUCAGAAUCUGAAGUCGGCCGACAACGACAAGGUAGCCUCACUUUGGAGGAUCAUUGCUCUCUGCCUGCUCUACAGGACAUACUCGAAGAAUUCGAUGUGUCCAAACUCGAAGAGCUCGCCGAAAGCCUUCUGGCCAACGUCUCGAGCGAACUGGAAGUCACUGAUCGAGGAAGCAGCCAGGCAAAUGCCGAAGAUGCAGGCACCGGCAGCCGAGUGCUUAGACCAAUGGUGGGGACCUCAUCAGAACAGCUGGAAUCCUGCAAAGAAACUAAUCAAGGAAGUAGCCUAAUUUUGACCACCCACAACUAUUCCAAGUCACCCUUUCACAAAGAGAAACUCAAGAUAGAACACAGUCAGCAGUCUGAUCUGGACCAGCAAUCGACUACACUCUACGGAACAUACGAUGACGCAACUAAUUGCAUCACCAUAAUUCUGAAUAAAGAUGAUAUGCCUCUAGAAGAAGAAAUUGUUUGUGAGGAAGCCGAGCAAAACCUAAUAGACGAGCAGGAAUUCAGUAUGAAGCUAGAACCAAUACAGGAACUGCUUUCACCAAGUCCCAGUCCCGACUCAGACAAUUCUUUGUCGGCUUACAAUGAUACGAAACCAGUACUAAUGGAAGAUGCAAUUCCGUUCAAAUGUCCUCUAACUCCUGGGUCGUUUGUUUCGGACGGUGGUUACGAAUCACUAGGAUCGCCCAUCAGCACCACCGACUACGGUAUCAGCACAUUGGAUGAAUUCUGGAACCUGGAUUUAUUUCCCAUUCUUAAUUAGGAUAAUUUCCCACCCUUAUCCUACCACAAAGUGAUGUACAAAGUAGUUAUUAGUUGCUAGGAAUCCUAGUUUGCUACCUACUAAGACCUGUCUAUAGUUAGGUUUAGAUUAGACUGCUGUAAAUACUAGUUUUUGUACGUAUUUAUCGACGAAUUUUUAUAAAACAACCACAACGAGAAGAUUCUCUCUAGUGAUAGAAUUGUAUUUAGCAGUGUUUGUUACUUUUACGCAUUAUGCACAAAGAUUAAGCGUAGACACCAGUCAACUCCCAUUUUUUGUGUAAUUUAAAGGUUAAUAUUAAAGAUCAUUGUUACAAAUUUUAUCUAUUUGCUACAAACUCAAUAUCUCAGUGAAAGGGUUUACUUGAAAUCGCAAAAUAAAAAAAAACUCAAAACCA